AUGGACCUGUACACGUUGAUGGAAAAGGAGGACCGGCGGCACAACCGUGGGGCGUGCCCGGUGUGCAACGUGGAGCUGGCGUUGGCUGAUAUCGAGGGCCACGUCAACCGGUGCCUCGACCUCGCUCUCCAGUCCGACGACGAGCAGCUCGCCAAGUCCCUCGCCCGCAGCGGCUACCACCCCCUCGCCACCGCCUCGUCCCCUGCUGCAGGAGCUGGCGUGGGUCCGCACGCGGGCGCGGGCCGGCUGCCGCCCAAGCAGGGCACCUUUAGCGCCGAGGACCACGCCUAUGCGACCCUUCUCCUCCAGGAGAUGGAUGCGGACGACGACGACGGCCAGUCGCAGGACUUCACGGAGGUGCCGCUGAGCGACAGCGCCGAGAAGAGAAUGGCGGUGCACAUGACGAAGCCCGGCGGACUGGCCCUCGACAUGGCCGCCCUCCGGCGCAGCCAGAACGCCGAGCAGGCCGCCAAGGCCGGCGCGCCCACUGCUGGCCAGCCCGGCAACCCCAGCGCCAGGGCACACGACAAGCAACCCAAGGACAAGGGCAAGCAGCGACUGCUGGUCGACGACGACAACGACGACAACCAUGACGUUGCUGUUCAUCGCGGAAGCAACGGCAAGAUUGAUGACGAUGGCGACGACAGCGACGACAGCGACGACACGGUGUUCAAGGUGAGGCUUGACACGAUGAGCAAGGGCCAGCUCAAGAAGCUGUGCCUGAAGCAGCACCGCAAGAUCGAGCGAAUGCGGUUCCUCAUCCAGACGCUGGAGAAGGACCUCAAGAACGUGCGGGUGAGCAACGCGCUGGACGACGACUGGCAGCGCGAGACGCGCGACGAGUGGGAGUCGGAGCUCGCGCACCAGAAGCAGGAGGCCGGUGCGCGCGAGGCCGAGCGGAGGCGGAAAGCCAUUGAAGACGCCCAAGAAGCCAAGGCCAUCGCCGACGCCCUGGAAGCCGUCAAGAAACAAGAAGAGGCGGAUAGGGAAGCAGCGGCGGCUGCGGCUGCUCAGGAACCGGAGCCGGAGCCGGUGCCGCUGGAGGAGCCCAUGGCCGGCAAUGAGGAGUGGGAUCCGGCCAGCGUGGAGGGCAACGGCCUGUUCGACCUGCCCCGGGAGGUCAUGCUCACCGUCUUUGCGCGACUCGCCGCCCGGGACCUGGCCAGCCUCUCCCAAACCUGCAAGAUGCUCAUCGAGCCGGCCCAGGAUCCGCUGUUGUGGAGGCUUCUGUUUGUGAGAUGGAUCCGCACGGCGAACGCGAAGCGGUGGGGACACGUCGAUGAAGCCGCGAUUCUGCAGCGCUUCGGUCCUCCUCCUCCUCCCCUGAUCGAUGCGACAAGCGAGAGCGCGACGAGCGAAAGCGGAGGGGCGACCAGCGGCGAACGCUACGUCAAGUGGCGGUACGCGACCAUUGCGGGCAACGGCGAGAAGUGGAUGUGGGAUCGUUUCCAGAAUACGCUGUCGGGCUUCAGCUUCUGCACGCGCACCCAGCAGAAGUGGAAGUUUGAGGGCUCGCGUUUGAGAGUGGUGACGGGUCUCUUCAACUACCCGGUACUCGAGUGGAGCGGCUCGACGCUCCGCAUCCAAUUCAGGCCCCAGAAGGCGUUCCAGUGUCGAGCGGGCGUCGGCAUCCGCGACUCCUUCUGGAACCAGGAUCUCUGGCGCUUCGCUCGGACUGGGCAAGACCAACAACAGGAGCAGCAGGAGGCAGAAGCAGCGGAGCCGGAGGUGGAGAACGAGAACGAAUCGUACAUGGCGAUGCGCAUCGCCAUGGGCGGGCCGACCUCCCUCCGCGCGCCCUACAAGGUGCAGGGCGACGUACCCUUGGCCAUCGUGGCCCUCGUGCUCCUCCAGGUCACCGGCCACCUCUGA